CACGUCCCAGCCCCCUGCGCCGCCGGCCGCGGAGCCCCGGGCGCCGGCACCCCGGGAGGGCGGCCCCGAGGAGGAGGAGGAGGAGCGGGGUCCGUCUUCCUCAGUCCCCGCAGUCCCGGGACUCAAUCCGCGAAGGCUGCCUGGAGGAGGAGGAGGAGGAGGAGGGCGGCCGGGCAUGGCUACCGAGGCGCCCUUGGGUCCCAACACGACCUGGUGGGCUCCGGCCAACGCGUCGGGAUGCCCAGGUUGCGGUGCCAACGCCUCGGACGGCCCGGGCGCGGCGCCCAGGCCCCUGGACGCCUGGCUGGUCCCCCUGUUCUUCGCGGCGCUCAUGUUGCUGGGGCUGGUCGGGAACUCGCUGGUCAUCUACGUCAUCUGCCGCCACAAGCACAUGCGGACGGUGACCAACUUCUACAUCGCCAACCUGGCGGCCACAGACGUCACUUUCCUGCUCUGCUGCGUCCCCUUCACGGCGCUCCUCUAUCCGCUGCCCGCCUGGGUGCUGGGAGACUUCAUGUGCAAGUUCGUCAACUACAUCCAGCAGGUGUCAGUGCAAGCCACGUGCGCCACCCUGACGGCCAUGAGCGUGGACCGCUGGUACGUGACUGUCUUCCCGCUGCGCGCCCUGCACCGCCGCACUCCGCGCCUGGCCCUGGCCGUCAGCCUCAGCAUCUGGGUGGGUUCUGCAGCCGUGUCCGCCCCGGUGCUGGCCCUGCACCGCCUGUCGCAGGGGCCUCGCACCUACUGCAGCGAGGCCUUUCCCAGCCGCGCCCUGGAGCGCGCCUUCGCGCUCUACAACCUGCUGGCUCUGUACCUGCUGCCCUUGCUGGCUACCUGCGCCUGCUACGGGGCCAUGCUGCGCCACCUGGGCCGUGCUGCUGUGCGCCCCGCGCCCGCUGACGGCGCCCUGCAGGGACGGCUGCUGGCACAGCGCGCCGGAGCGGUGCGCACCAAGGUCUCGCGGCUGGUGGCCGCUGUGGUCCUGCUCUUCGCCGCCUGCUGGGGCCCGAUCCAGCUGUUCCUGGUGCUCCAAGCCCUGGGCCCCGCGGGGGCUUGGCACCCUCGCAGCUACGCCGCCUACGCGCUCAAGAUCUGGGCUCACUGCAUGUCCUACAGCAACUCGGCGCUCAAUCCGCUGCUCUACGCCUUCCUGGGCUCACACUUCAGACAGGCCUUCUGCCGAGUGUGCCCGUGCGGCCCGCGACGACGCCAGCGCCGGCCCCACGGCUCCGCACUCUCGGACCGAGCCCCAACCCACACCGUGCCGCACGGCCUGGCGGGGCGACAGGCCGGCGUCAGGACGCCCGAACCCGGGAACCCUGCUGCGCGCUCGCUGUGCGUCCUGCGUGAACAUGCCGCCCCACGCUGAGCUAAUCCCUCUGGGACAAUCCAGCCGGGGUUCAGUAGUUAAAAGCUUAGUCUGUGUCCCGGGUAACCCGGGUAACCCGUGUAAACCGCCUUCUCUUCUUCGGUUCGGCCC